AUGGCUACCAAUUCAGCAUCUUCCAUAUCUGAGCAACUAAUUCCCAUCUUUAAUGGAGAUAGAUAUGAAUUUUGGAGCAUAAAGAUGAAGACGUUGUUCAAGUCUUCAGAAUUGUGGGAUUUGGUGGAGAAUGGCUAUGCUGAGGAAGAUGAAGCACAAAGGUUGCGGGAGAACAAAAAGAAGGACUCUAAGGCAUUGUUCUAUAUCCAGCAGGCUAUGCACGACUCGGUGUUUUCCAGAAUUGCUGUUGCAGAAACCUCAACAAAGGUAUGGGAUAUUCUUAAGAAAGAAUUCCAUAGAUCAACAAAGGUAAUGACUUUCAAACUCCAGUCACUCCGACGUGAUUUUGAAAAUUCAUUCAUGAAAAGUAGUGAAUCUGUACAAGACUACUUAUCUAGAGUCAGUACAAUUGUUAAUCAUAUGAAGGCAUAUGGUGACAAAAUUAUUGAUGAAACUGUAAUUGCUAAAGGUAUAAGAAGUCUUAAUAAAAGAUUUGAUCAUGUCGUAGCUGCCAUUGAGGAAUCCCAUAAUUUAUUUGAUUAUUGUUUUGAUGAAUUGAUGAGUUCCUUACAAGCUCAUGAGGAUAGAUUGAAUGCCUCUCAAGAAAAGGGUGAAGAGAAGGCGUUUCAGAUCAACGGAGAGUCUUCUGUCAAAGGCAAAUCAGAAGUCUCAAAUUCUAGGGGAUGCAGAGGCAGAGGUAGUUUCCGUGGUCGAGUUCGUGGCAGAGGACAGGCUUAA